GUACUCGGUAGAGUGUUGUAGUUUCCCAAAAAGAGCUGCCAUGGGAGACUUGGAGUGAGAUCUGAACUCCUAACAUUAAUAUAUAAUAAUAAUCGCUGUAAUAGUCAUCUCUCCUCCUCGGUGUCUUGAAUUCAUGUUAUUUACUUCUCUUUCACGUUUCUGUCUCUGUCCUUCCUCUACUUUUGUUUGCUUCUCUUUCUUCUUUCUCCUGUUUUCGACCUGACACUAAACCUCCCUCUUCUUUCUUGUCGUUUCUCUUUCUCUCCACUUCUUUUUUUUUUUUAAAAUCUCUGUUUCUUUUUUUUUUUUUUGGGGACGAUAAGGAAGUUGUGUUUCCUUGUGGAUCCAAGGAAACCCAUCGGCUGAUAAUGUGUAUUGAUGAUGGUGGUAAUCGUUCGCGGGAAUUUAUGGGAUUUGGGUGAUUGAAUUUGAAAUCUUCAUCCCUCUGAAGGAAGGAAGAACACAUGGGGGAGGUUUGUGAGUUCAGACAAUGGGAUGAGCUGAUUCCUGAUGCACUUGGGCUUAUUUUCAAGAACCUGUCACUUAAAGAGAUACUCACCGUAAUUCCAAGGAUCUGCAAAUCUUGGGGAAAAACAGUAAGAGGUCCCUACUGCUGGCAGGACAUAGAUAUUGAGCAAUGGAGCCAAAACUGCGAGCCUGAGACUCUUGAUCGUCUGCUUCAUAUGCUGAUUACGAGAAGCUCUGGCUCUCUCCACAAGCUCUGUGUCACUGGUCUUCCUAGUGAUCAGAGUUUCUCCUUCAUUGCGGACCAUGCUAAACAUCUUCGGUCUUUAAAGCUGCCAAAAAGUGAAAUAAGCAAUUCCAUAGUGGAAAAGGUUGCAGGGAGACUCUCUAGCAUAAGUUUCUUGGAUCUAAGCUACUGCAAAAACAUUGGAGCCCCGGCUCUUGAAGCAAUUGGCAAAAACUGCAGACAUCUUACUUGGUUGCGAAGAGCCAUGCACCCGUUAGAAGUAAUUGACAAGCUAUCACAAGAUGACGAGGCUCUUGCAAUUGCAUCUACAAUGCCCAAGCUCAAGCACCUUGAGAUGGCUUACCUGCUCAUCAGCACAGAAUCCGUGCUCAAGAUACUCACAAACUGCCCAGAGCUUGAGUUCUUAGACGUGCGAGGGUGUUGGAAUGUAAAGCUUGAUGACAAAUACGUCAAGAAAUUCACACAGCUGAAGGUUAUUGGACCGCUUGUUGUAGGUUGUUGUGUGAUGAACGGCUGGGAUUAUUUUUCAGAUUACUCCAGUUCUGAACAUGAGAUGUCUUUUGAGGAUUGGGAAGAUUACCAAGGAAUGGAGGAUGUAGAAAUGAGGUUCUACGAUGUUUUUGAUUUCUACAGAGAUGCUUUUGAUUGGCCUGUGUCUCCUUGAGUUCUGUUUGUUUGUUUCAGUGUUCAAUAGAGUUCUGACCUGUGGUUGAGAGGUCUUGUCAAUCAUCUUGUCCUAGAUAUUAGAACAGCCUCUAUGACUGCUGCUUAACCGAGGUUUCUAUUAUAUGUGAAAACCUUAUGGUUUUAUUUAAGGUUGCUUUUAUGUAAUCAGUGCAAGUAAAGCUUUUCCAAGAUUGCUCUAUGAAGAUUGAUAGAACAGAAGUUUGAAUAAUAGAUUGCAGGCGUGACAGACUUGCUAUCAACUAAGAGUGUGUAAAGUUUUUGUGCAGUGAGAGUUUCUGAACUCGAGUUUUUGUGCAA